AGCUUGUUCCAUUGGUUAUGAGACAGUUCGGGUCUUUCGUGUUUCAUGAUCAGCAACAGAGCUCGUAGUUACAACUUGGUUACGACGUGGUGGAGGAAAACCAAGCUUCGGAAAUUUAGCGAGGUGGUCGGGGGACCUGGAGUAUGCGGGGGAAUGGAAGGAAUAACUAAAGGAAGUUGAGACCGUACUAACGCAUUCUCUAUCUCCAAGAGGACAUCACGUUUUAGCCGGGAUUCAUACCAAAUAACAAGUCACUACUUAAGGCCGUGUGCCAGUCUCGUCAGCAGGCAAUUCCAAACAAUUCCAAAUAACGCGUCUACUAUAUGUCGCCCGAACUAAACGGUUGCUCCGAUCCUAUGGACCUAUCCAUGGCGCACAACUCCCCUUCAUUCUUCAAGCUUUCUAUUCGUUGGUACAUAUUUGCUGGGUUACCAGUGUUGCGAAUGGCACAUGUACUUGCCUACUCUCAGUUUCGCAUCAGACGUUUCUUUUCCGCCGCACUCACCAUAUGACUUCAAAGACGCCAUUCAAUGGUCUCGCUACUCAUAUAUACGUGUGUAACGAGUACGUGAAGAAGUGAGUACGCUCACCUUGGUGCCUGUCAACCCUUCAUAUGUUCUUUACUCGUGACUGCCGUUCACUCGCGGUUUAGAAGCCAUGCAACGGCCCGUAUUAUGGACGGACCGUUUGCUUUCGCUAAAAAAAAUCCACACGUCGAGUGAUCUACAUAAAUGAGAUGUGUAUUGCAGUUUCUUUUGCUCUGCGUCAAUAUUCCCUGAGUCUCAGGAAUGGCGCCACAUCCCCAUGCGGACGAUGGUGCAGACCUCAAAUGGCUUGAUGGAAGAGCACCCAGCUCCCUGCCCAGUGGAACAGCAUUCGGGCUACCUUGGUCGAAAGGUGAAAUUGACCGAACAACCGCCAUGGCAGCAAAGACCUCGGACGGUAGUGGUGUCCCCCUCCAGACAUGGCCGCUUGCAUAUUGGCCCGACGGUAGUUUGAAGUGGACAGGGCAUGCCAUUUCGCCUGAUAGUGCCCUGGCUGAUGGCUAUCAUUUAGCCCCGGGGGAACCUACGGAACCCAAGAACAGAGUGACAGUGACCCAAAGCGGCAACUCCAUUCAAGUUGUAACCGGGUCAUUUUCAGCGACUUUCAAUAAGUUGGGUACCACUUUGAUUUCCCAGCUUUCGUUAGAUGGUCAGGUCAAAGCGCAGGAUGGACAACUCGUUGUACAUGUUCAGAGUAGUCCCGAUGAGCCUGAACUUGGUGGGGAUAAACCAAGUGUUGCCAUUACCACAGGUAAAAUCGAUAGUGUGAGCGUGGAGCAAAGUGGCCCGGUUCGCGCAGUCCUCAAAGUCAGUGGAAAGUACUCUGGUGGCGGCCGUGACUCUUUCCUGCCAUUUACUGUGCGAUUCUAUAUCGCUGCAGGAGCAACUGCCUUGAAGCUAGUACACUUCUUCAUCUACGAUGGCGACCAAAACAAAGACUUUAUCAAGGGUAUAGGCUUGACAUUUUCUACUCCUCUUUCGGAUGAAUUGUGGGACCGUCACGUUCGCUUCGCAACAACUGAUGGCGGGAUCUGGGGAGAACCCGUUCGCGUACUGUCCGGCCUGCGUCGAGACGCAACAACAGCAGUCCUAACACCGCAGUUUGAGGGUCAACCAGUUCCAGGUAUAUCUACUUGGCCGACUUCAGUCUCUUCGGAAGUGGACCAGUUAGCCAUAUGGGCAGAGUUUACGCUUGAUCAACUAUCUUCUGAGCGUUUCACAAUCAGCAAAAGGACAGAUGCGUCGAGGAAGGCUAGCUUUUUGACGAAUGCCGGAUUUGGGACAAGGGCAGCUGGCUUGGGUUAUAUUGGAGGUGCAAAGAACGGAGGUGUAGUUUUUGCUAUGAGGGAUUUUUGGCAGGGUGCUCCGAGGGGGUUGGAUAUCAGGGGUGCGAGUGCAGAUACUGCAACGGUUACAGUUUGGGCGUAUAGUCCGAGGGCUCCAGCUAUGGACCUGAGACACUAUGAUACCGUAGCACAUGGCCUCGACUUAACGUAUGAAGACGUUGGUGACCCAGACCCAAAUCCCAACGGCGUGGGCCGAUCAUAUGAGAUCACUCUGCAAGUUGUUUCUGCGACACCUUCUCGAGAUGCUCUAGCUCAACUGGCCUCCGUCAAUACGCAGGUCCCACAGCUAGUUGCAUCACCUGAGUUCUACGUAUCUCAUAACCUCUUUGGUGGCAGGUGGAAUGUUCCCGACACUUCAACGAGCGGCGCUCGGGACAUCGAGAAAAGGAAGAGUGAUUUACUUGACUUCUACAUCGCAGAAAUUGAACAACGUCAGUUCUAUGGAUUCUGGGAUUACGGUGACGUUAUGCAUACGUAUGACCAAACUCGGCAUACGUGGAGAUAUGAUGUUGGAGGUUUCGCUUGGGACAAUGGAGAGCUCUCGACCGAUUUAUGGCUAUGGAUGUCGUUCCUGCGUACUGGCCGGGCGGACGUUUUCCGUGUCGCUUAUGCCAUGACGAGACAUCUUUCCGAAGUCGAUUUCCAUCAUACUGGCCCUUUCGCAGGACUGGGCAGUCGACACCAUGUUACCCAUUGGGGCGAUGGCGCGAAAGAGGCUCGUAUCAGUAGUAGUCAUCUCAAACGUCCCUUCUAUUAUCUGACAGCGGACGAGCUCAUCGGCGACAUCAUGGACUACUCGCUCCAAGCAGACCAAACCGUUGUCACGUGGGAGCCUCUUCGCAAAGCUCUGCCUCCACCUCCACCCCUUGCUCAGAGUCGUCUCCGUACUGGACCAGAUUGGACAAGCCUUGCGGGUAAUUGGUUCGUCAAAUGGGAAAGGACGAAUGAUACAAAAUGGAGAGAUCGUAUCAAGACUGGCAUGAAAGAUAUUGGUAGUUUCCAGUUUGGUCUUUUCACAGGAAAUGGUGGCGCCGUGGGCUGGAACGCUGACAGUGCAACCAUGGUCGAUGAAGGCGGUCUGGGAGAGGGCUCAUACCACUUGACAAUGAUCUUCGGUGGUGGGGAAAUGCUCAUGGAGUUGAUGGAAAUUAUAACGGAUGAGCCUGAGUUCGAUGCGGCCUGGCUCGACUUUUGCAGAUUGUAUAAUGGCACUGACGCAGAGAAGAUCGCGCGGUACGGUGUCACCUUCAAUACUAACAACUUUCCACAGUACUACGCAAAACUGCAAGCAUAUGCGGGCCAACGGUUGAAUGACACGUCCCUGAAGCAAGGAGCCUGGGAUGUGCUGAACAAGAACACUACCGGUGUAUGGCCGCCGGUUACGAAGGUCGGUGGAACAGAUGUCGUCAAUCCGGUGAAUGAGAUCGCAAACCUAGCCACAAACGAUGCGGCGCAGUUGUCCCUGAACGAAUACGCAGUCCUAGCCGUAGCACCGGAGCUCGCACCCAACAAUCUGGUCCAAGAUAAGUUGGAGUGGGAUACUCAGACACUUGGCGGACCUUCUAGUGCUGGAUCACCAUCAAAAGGCCCAGGUACUAGUAGCAAUGAAGUGCGCAGCCGUCGUAUAAACCUUGUCAUGGACUGCUUGCGCAAGUUUAUAUGUCUCUGACGUCUCUCCAAAAGCAAACUGUAUAUAGCAAAUAAAUGUCUCUCGCUUUAUAUGCCUUAUCAUACAGAUGAAAUUGCGACAAGACCCGACUUAAUCGGACCAACAGCAGAAAUAUGAAGGACAAAAAUGUCG